AUGAAGUCACGCAAAUGGGAAAGAACGGAGAGGAGAGAAGUUUUAAGUUCCUCUGGAAGGGAAGAGGAGGAGGAGGAGGGGGAGAGCGGUCUUAAAAAAGGCUAUAAGAGAAAUCGCCCUUCGUCAUGGCGAAUCACAACGUCUACAGAUCCUCCAGUGGAAUGCUGGAGGGAUGUCACAGGACGAAAAGAUCGGAUUCCUGGUCACUGUGGCAUUAAAGGCAAUGAGCUUGCUGACACACUUGCUAAGAAGGGGAUAACGAUUUUCCAAACGCAUAGAUCGGUCGAUGUCUUCCCACACAAUGAAGACCUUAACCAGGAGAGAAUUCAUACAACAAACUCAAAGCUCGAACAAAGGAGAAACAGUGGACAGUGGAAACAAAGGGGAAACAGUGGACAGUGGCACUCUCCGAUUAGAGGAGAAAUAGUGGACAGUGGCACUCUCCGACAUACCCGGCUGGCGAGAAUCGAAGCCGUUGCUGAGUUUAGACUACGAGAGAAUUCAUGUAAUGAAGGCCUUAAUCAGGAGAGAAUUCCAGACCAUACCAACGAACUCAAAGCUCGAACAAAGGAGAAACAGUGGACAGUGGAAACAAAGGGGAAACAGUGGACAGUGGCACUCUCCGAUUAG